UCGCGCUAGCUGCUCCAAAUAGCAAACGGAGAGGAGCCAUCCCGCCCACCCGCCCGCCGCGCCCCCAGACUACCACCACCCCCAACCGCAGACAGCCUCCCGUCUCUCUCUGAAGUCUGGAUCCCUCGCUCCCUUGCCUCAGCGAGUGCACGCACGGUCCAUGCGUGCGAAUUGACUCGCGCACACACGCCAUUCACUCACUCCAUCGCUCUCUCUUCUUCAUCAUUAGCUCGCUCGGCGCUCAGCUUCUUGUCAGGUACAGUGCCUCGCUUCGUCCCCGAGCCCGGCGCUGCGGGCGCCGCGGCAGCGCCGGCGAGAUCUGGUCCUGGUCGAGCUAUCACGGGCGCGCGCGCGUCCAUGGGCUGGCCGAGCCGCAGCGGCCGGAGCCGGCGUCGGACCCUCUCCGCCGCGCUGCUGCUGGUGGUGCUCCUCCUCCUCAGCUCCUCCGCUCCCGGGACGUGCACGUCGGCGAGGGGGAGAGCCGGUCGGGUGGCGCCGGAGGAGGGGUACUCGUGGGAUCCCGGGACGACGGCGGCGCGGCGGGGGCUGGUGGGGCCCGGGUCGUCGCCGCCGACGUGCCGCAGCCGGUGCGGGGGCUGCCACCCGUGCCGGCCAGUGCACGUGGCCAUCCAGCCCGGCCGGAGCUUCCCUCUCGAGUACUACCCGGAGGCCUGGCGCUGCAAGUGCGGCAACAAGCUCUUCAUGCCCUGACCCACCGCAAGCUGUUCAUGCUGACGCUGACGCUUCGCUCACUCACUGAAGCUAGCUAGACACUCCUCAAGGCAGCAGCUGCGUCGCCAUGGCUGCUGGUGGCUGCACUGCACGCAGGGGGUUAGCCGGCUAGGUGUACUACUACUACUGGUGGAGACUGUGAGACUAUGAGAGACGUGGAAGAGAGCACGGCAAGGAAGAAGCGAUUUGAUUGGAAGAGGAGACGAGGGUGAGGAGAUUUGCCCGAGAAACUAAGCUAGCCAUGGAUGGAGGCUUCGAUUCUAUCAGCUAGGGAUUGAACGAACAUUGCUGGGCUGAGUUCUUGGAGAUUGAUACGAAUGUAAUCCGUUGUAAGUAACCGGUUGUCUGUUGUGUGUACAAAGAGAGAUGCCGAUGUCGCCAUUUUUGUUCUUCUUUUUCUGUCUUUUCGCUUCCUGCUGUUUGUUCCAGACUCCCUUUCGGUUCUGGGGAUUUCCCUGCGAUUAUGAUCUGUGCUGUGAACUUCUUGAUACCCCGGA